AUGAAUGGGAAUAAAAAAAUAAAAGAAAUGUUUAAAAAUCUUUAAAUAAGAAUUAGUUUCUUUUAGCUUAUUAAUAAAUAAAUGAGAAAUAAUUUAAUGAGACUAGAGUUUUAAUUACCAAAAUAGGAUAUCUCUAGCUUGCCCUAAAAUCGUAAAAUAGAAUAAAAGACUUAAUAGAGAAGGUUUUAUAGGCCUUAUAGAAACAAAAGCGUAUUUCCGGAAUUAAAUAGCACAAAUGCAUUAUAUUUAAGCAAAACAAGUCAAAAAUUUAGAUUAUCUCAUAAAGAAUGGUAGGAAGAGUUAUAAACUUGUCUGCAGAGUUAAUCAGUAAAAAGAGUCAAAAAUAUAAUAGAUUCGUGGUGUUCCAAAUAGAAGCAAGGUUUCUCUAUAUAUUAGUAAGUCAAGUCAGAAUUUUUGUCUAUCAAGUUAAUUGUUUAGAAGACCUUAAGCAGAUUUAAAACCUUUGUUAGAGAUAUCAGCUUAAAAAUUAUUAUGA